GCUCAAUCAGCCUUCGUUUGUUUCCGGGUUGCUGUCGACUUCAAAGAUGGGUUUCCCAACUUCCCCUGUUCUAGACUCUUUUACGCUACAAGUCAAGGGAUCAUUCGCGAAUUCAUCAUGCCUUCCCCGCAGCCUUGGGCCUGGAUUUCUUGCACCUCGGCCCGUGCUUCUGUAUAAUCGAGUCCUGACUUUCCUGUCUAGGUUCGGACUCGGUGAGUAGAUGGACUGCCUCGGAACCUGAAGGCAUCCAUUCACUUGGUCGACACCCGCAUACUGAUUCGACGACCAUCGGGAUCAAAAACGACCAUCGGGAUCAAAAACACUCUUGGCUUACAGAAAUGGGUUCCACUGCCUCCCGGCCCCAGAUUCCCGAUAACCUUACAACUCGGGACCAAAAGCGCGUCUUCAUACGACGGUACAUCGACGCCCACGGCUUCCGAUGGCUUGUCUACCUUGUCGCGGCGAGCGGUUUCCUCACCGACUCUUAUAAUCUGUUUGCCACCAAUGCCAUCCUGCCAUCGCUGGCGUUUGUUUAUUGGCCAGACGAGAUGGACGGCUGGCGUGAGUCGCUCAUCAACUGCAUGACGCUGGGCGGCUCACUCAUUGGCCAACUGUUGUUUGGCUUCCUUGCCGACAAAUAUGGCCGAACACGGCUGUACGGGAUAGAACUCGUCAUCGUCGGCUUCACUACGAUAGCGUUGGCCGCCAGCUCAACCGGGUUCGGGAACUCAAUUGCCGUCCUUCCGUGGAUUGUGUCAAUGCGCUUCCUCAUGGGCGUAGGCAUUGGAGCAGAGGCAAGUUACCCGCUAUCAGCAUCAAUUUGUACAGAAUGGGCCUCGACAAAGGCCAGGGCCAGGAUGAUGGUGGCCGUUUUCCUUAUGCAGCCCGUAGGCCAGCUCAUCUCCCAACUCGUUGCAUACGGCGUGCUACUAGGCUACAACAACAGUUACGACCUGAGGUCCUGCAAAAGCCCAAGCGAGGGCGAAUGUGGCCGAGUCGUCGAUAUUAUUUGGCGCUGGGUGGCUGCCGUCGGGGCCAUUCCCGCGCUUGUUGCCAUCAUUUUCCGAUUUCAGAUCCAGGAUCCUGGGCUCUACGACCUUGAUGUCAAAGACGACGGUACACGGGCCGUGCAGAACACCAUGAUGCUCUACCGCUACCGCCGUGUAUCGACGGUGGUUUCCAAUUCGGCGGAUGAGCCGCAAAUGGAAGAACUCGGCCGUGAUGCCAGUGUUAACCCUCCGCAGCCGAACGGGGCAGCCAUUCAGCACAGGCAUGAGCAGGAAUCUGAGCUACCCGAACAGUUCUCGUGGGACGACAUUAGCGAUUAUUUCCUAAAGCAAGGGAACUGGCGGUCACUGGCCGGGACGUCAAUGUGCUGGUUCCUUCUUGAUAUAGCAUUCUACGGCCUCGGAAUGGGCAACCCCUCGACGCUAGCCAAACUCUGGACCUACUACCAAGCCGGCGAACCGCUCGGCGACGUGCCAAGCUGGAACCCCAACGCGGCGCGGCCCCAUGCCAGCAUCUUCGACGCGCUUCGCGACAAUGCCGUGCAGAACCUGAUCACCGUCUGCAUUGGGUCCGUGAGCGGCUGUGUCCUCUUGCUCAUGAUCAUCGACUAUGUGCCGCGCAAACAGUUCUUGAUGUACUCGUGCCUCUGGCUUGCGGCUCUUUUCUUUAUCACUGGAGGCAGCUUCUUCGCCGUUUUCCACAACGACUUACACGCCGUUAGCAUCGUUCUGGUCGCCCUCUGUCACUUCUCGUUCAACCUAGGGCCCAACACGCUCACGUUUCUUAUUCCCGCCGAGAUCUUCCCGACACGCUACCGUGCCACGUGCCACGGAAUCGCCGCAGCGGCGGGUAAGCUCGGCUCUGUCAUUGUGCAGGCGUCGCUGCCCACAUGGAGGGUGGAUGGAGUGAGCGUUUCCAAUCCAAACAGCAGCGGACUAGGCUGGGUUUUUAUUCUGUAUGGGUUUGUCAUGGGAAUUGCUGCAGUGUUUGCUUGGGCCUGGAUCCCGAGCUUGCAGCACCCUCGCGGCGCCGACGGCUCAGGAACUAGGGGGAGCCUGAAGUUGCCCAGCAAAACGCUGGAGACCCUUGGGGAAGGGUUGAUCAAGUCCCGAGAGGAAGGAGAGAUUCUCGGCAUGCGAGCCCGGCUCCGGAUCCGGUUCGCGCGCCGAUCCGGUGAGAUUCGGGAGGUACACGGCUGA